GUUGGACACUCGCUCUCGCUGCGCAGCUCAGGGCCGGACGCAGCCAGCGGCGCCUCCCCUCCCCCCGCCGGGACCCCCCUCCCCCUUCCGCGGGCCGAAGAUGAGCUUCCUCUUUGGCAGUCGGUCCUCUAAAACAUUCAAACCCAAGAAGAAUAUUCCUGAAGGCUCCCAUCAGUACGAGCUUUUGAAACAUGCAGAAGCAACCUUGGGAAGUGGUAACCUUAGACAAGCAGUUAUGUUGCCAGAAGGAGAGGACCUCAAUGAAUGGAUUGCAGUUAACACUGUGGAUUUCUUCAAUCAGAUCAAUAUGUUAUAUGGGACCAUCACAGAAUUCUGCACGGAAGCAAGCUGUCCAGUGAUGUCUGCUGGACCAAGGUAUGAAUACCACUGGGCAGAUGGUACCAAUAUAAAGAAACCAAUUAAAUGUUCAGCUCCGAAGUACAUUGAUUAUUUGAUGACAUGGGUUCAGGACCAGCUGGAUGAUGAAACCCUCUUUCCUUCAAAGAUUGGUGUCCCUUUUCCUAAGAACUUCAUGUCCGUGGCAAAGACUAUAUUGAAGCGGCUGUUUAGGGUCUAUGCCCAUAUUUACCACCAGCACUUUGACUCUGUGAUGCAGCUCCAGGAGGAGGCCCAUCUCAACACCUCCUUUAAGCACUUUAUCUUCUUUGUACAGGAGUUCAACUUGAUUGACAGGCGUGAGUUGGCUCCUCUUCAGGAACUAAUUGAAAAGCUAGGAUCCAAAGACAGAUAAAUUUUCCCUGGAAGAAUUCUUUCUGCUUUCAAACAUGGUUACUCUUUCUUGCUUCAUAUACCAGCUGCAGCUAUUUCUUUACCACUUUGUCUUUAGUGGCACAAACCCUGAGAAACCAGAUACCACAGCUAGCGGGUCUAAAACAGAUGGUUUCCAGUCUAGCACAGUUACUGCCCUUCUUCCAUCUUAGUAGCUGGUGCGGGGGGCUUCAUUGCAAAGAGGUACCAGGUCAAAUUUCAUGUAAAAUCCAAGGUCUGCAAUUCAGCAAAAGUGUCUUCAGAGCAAAGUAGCUAUGAAUUCUAAGAGCUACUUUAUCAGAUCUUUUACUUGGAAAGGUGGGGUUCACUAUUGCAUUAAUCCCUGCAAUGUCAUGAUUUUCUAACUGAACCAUAUUUUGUCAAUCUAUAUAAAAUAGUGAAAUUUUGCAUAAUUUUCUAUGCAGAACUACAUCAUUAUAGUUCCAGAAUUAACUUUCUGCUCUAGAAACUGGAUGGAUAAGUACUUUGAGACCUCAACUCAGCUUGCAGUUUUGGGCAUAUGAGGUUUUGUGCACAACCCCCUACAUUUGUAUGCAUGGAUAGGGGAGAUGUUUACCUAAUAUUCAAGUGCACCUUCAGGAGUUUUGAUGCAUAACACUUACAGGACAUUUGUGGAAAAAUUUGGCCACAUAACACUUAAUUUUUCAAACACUUCCACAAAUGUGGCUGUUGUAAUUUAUCUGACAUCAAACAACGGAUGGUAAGAAUUCUGUAGAUACUAUAUUUGGCUAGAAAUUGUUUGCAAAAUUGCAAAUGCACAUAUUUUGGUUUGGGUUUUAUUCCAUCCAGUUUAGUUGCUCAACAAAGUUCCAUUUUAAAGCUCUGUUUGCUAGUAUAAAAAUUGUUGAAUACUUCUGAUAAGUGCAUUACAUUAUGAACUUCGAUAUUCCACUGUUUUCUAUGUAGGAAAUAGAACUAUUUUUGCAAAUUUUAUGAUGGAUGCAAUUUACACUUAAAACACAAUGCAUUUUUAUCUCAUAGGACUAGGUUGUUAAUAGGUAUAGGUUGGUAUAUGUAGCUUCAGCAACCAAAGCAAUUUAAAAAACAAUCUGGUAUUCAGUUGGUUAUGACUUUGAAUUGCACACAUAUUAUGUAUGUGUGUGCCCUGUGGAUUUUUGUUUGUGUACACCAUUUCAAAUUCAUGUGUGUCUGUGGUUUUUAAAAAAAGGAAAAAGGUAACUUAAUUCACUUAAACUCUUUGUGUGGCUUUCAAAAUCUUUUUUUAAAAAUGCUGGAUCAGACAUAGGAGGAAAAACUACUGGUGUAUUCCUUAUGAAUGCUUUUAUUUUAUUUUAGAGUAGUUUGUUUUAAGUUUGUAUCUAGAUGCACUUUGAAUUUGCCUUAGAGCCUUAAGUAAAAUAGUAGACUAGCCUUGAGUUGCAUGGACAUGAAGUUAUGAUCCAAAAGUGACUAAGAUAAAGCAAAAUAGAACCCAUCUAAAAAAACCCAGAUGAAAAACUUAAGACUGGCACAAAAGCGUGAGUGUGGAAGCUUAAUUACAAGAGAAACAAUCUGCAUGUACCCCAAUGUGAACUGCAGAAGUUUUUUUUUUUUUAAUAAGUGUCACCAUUAUCUAAUGGGGUUAGUACUGUAUUUUGACAAAUUAAAACAGUUGCGCCAGCACCAUCUGAUUGUGAAAAAUCUGAGCUGCAGAUACCUAGUUUCUUUGCUGGACUGUGAGACAUCAUGAGUAUCAUUAAUGGUGGUUUUUUAAAAAAAAAUUCCAUUCUAAAGGCUUGAUUCUGAGUUGUUUUCAUCCUGUUUUGUUUUGAUGUUACUUGUGGCAUGUGUCAUUCCAGGAGAGAAACCUGUGGCUGACAGGUCUCAAGAGCUUGGAGGUCAUUUUGUUUUAAUACAGUAUUGAUUUACAUUAUUAAAUACUAGUCUCUUAGAAACCAAGUUAACUUGUAGUGCAGACGUUGCAAUUCAGAAACAAAGGGGUCCUAGCUAGGACAGGUGACAUGUUCCACCCAUAAUAGGUGGAAUGUAGUGUUGAAACCUCGAUAUUUCUUUUCAGGUAGCUUUGGCUUUUAAUUUCCCUUCCUGGUGUAGGGGGCAGCCAGCGUUUUUCUUUUUAAAUAAUCUAGUCCCCUAUGCUUCUUCCGCCCAACCUACUACAUGGUGCAUGGGAGAAGCACCAGAAAAAGCUGGGCUGGAGCUGUGCAGAGUGGAAAGUCAGCACCCUAGGGUAUGGUCUAUUCCCCCUGCCACGCCUCACCACCUUUGCUCUUUCUACACAGCCACUUUUUUUUUCCUCUUUUCAAGCCUAUUACCUGUGAACUGCAGUUCAAAUGUGUAAAAUUAAUGGUGCUUAAAGCACUAGUAAAGCCACUGCAUGCUGUGUAAUUCUCCCCACUCUCAGGGAUUGUGAAGCUCCUGAAUGGGCAAGCAGUCAUGGCACUCUGCCUACUGGUCCAGGAGAGCACUGAGGGAGAGCCCCACGUGACUGCCUAGGGAUCUGCGGGGUUGAAAUCCUGCAUAAAUAGAAGAGUGUGUGAGAUGAUUCCUUUCCAUACAGCUUUUGCUUACCCAUACCACUGUUCACCCUACAUGUCAAAGCAACUAGUUUAUACUAGGAGAUUUCAAAAGUAUGUAGCUUUUUUACAAGAUGACUCUUUUCAAUCUCAGAUGUCUAAAAUCUGUAACUCCAGUGACCCACUGAAUUAUCUCUGCAAAAUACAUAUAUAGCCUGUUCCCAAGCUGAAACCAUUUUUGCCACAUUUCAGCUGAUUUGUCAUCCUAUCUUUGAGUCCCUGAGUUGAACAGGCCAAUGCCAUAAAGUAAAACAUUGCCAAAACUAUUUUCUAUCAGUAUUUUUCACAACUUGUAUUCUUGCUUAGCUGUUAUUUAUCUGCUAUCACACUGCACAUGCAUUGACCAAGCACUGCUAAGAACAAAACAUGCUGAACAAACUAGUGCUUGCUUUGAACAUCAUAAUUAACUUCUGAAAAGUACAGUAGUCACUAACUUUGAAGUGUGGACAUGCGAUAGGGGACAAAAGUAAAAUUGUAUUGUGUCUCAUACACUUUGGCUGUGAUUUCAAACUGACUCAGUUUACAAAAUUGAAAGUCUUUUUUCCAACUCAUUCUGGGGACUGAAAUAUCAAGACAUGCUGUGUCCAAAGGCAGGAAUGUUUUUAUAGAAGACUGAUUGGACUACAGUGGUUGAAAUGGCUUUGAAGGAAUUCACUUUUUAAUCUGCCAGUCCCUUUUGUUUUUAGAAUCCGUCAAAUUCAAAAAACAUUCAGGCUCGGUUUACCUAGGGUCCAGUGAGCUCUGAUUGAAGUAAAUGAGAAUGGACAGCAUGCAGCACACUGCAGAACCUGGCCUUUACAUGUAAGGGAAAACUGGCUAAAAGGUUUUUUGUUUUUUUUUAAAUCAUUCUGCUUCACCAACCCAAAAUGGACAGAUAGUAGCUACUUAAGUUUACAGCAUUUGUCGAAAAUUGUACAAAUUAACCUUAGUUUAAAACCACACUGUUCUAGGGUUUGCUUGAGAUGUUUUUAUGUAAGUUGCUCAUAUUUAAAACCUCAUAAUAGGACUGUGAAUAAAACUUGUGGUUUUUGCUUGGCAUCUGUAAUGAGCAAGCUUUUGCCCUGGCCUUGCACAAAUGCAACUUUUUCAAUAAUUUAGUUUUACCUUAAGUGCUUAUGUAUUUGUUCUGAGCUUUCUUGCAAUGAAUAGAUUUCAGUAUAGGCGAUUACUCAACCUUCCAUUAUAAAGAAACGUUGCUGUGAUCAUUGAGAAAGGUAGGUAAGGCUUCAUUUGUUUUAAGACAAAAGAACUUUUUUUAGUUAGCCUUAAGCUGUAUUUUGUUCCUAGCUCAAAUCUGUGCCCUCGUCCAAGGCAGGCACUGGUCACGCCAGGGAUGAGGGGCAGAUUAGUGGAUGGAUCUCACUUGAAACUCAGCAAGCAUCCAAUUAAUGCUGAAUAUCCAGUGAUCUGCUUCAACUAACUCCUGACAAAACUAUUGGGUUUCUCUGUUCAGAUUCUAGAUAUUUUUCUGAAUUGCACUGUUAAUUUAAGAAUUCAAGAGGGAAAUUAAUCAUUUAGAGUGGUAGGCUGUUCUGUUUAAGGAAGAAUUGAUAGUGUUUGAGAAAUCCUGUACUAGAUUGACUUUUUGAAGUUUUUUAUAUUUAUAUCAAUACACACACUUCCUCAGGAUGGACUAGGGUUGCAAGGUUCUUUCAUGCAGCUGUUUCAAGUAGGCAGAAGUUUGUUCAGACAAUGCUGAUACAUCUUACCUUGCAUUGCAGGCGAGUGGUGCUGUGAAUCAAAACUGGUUACAGUAUUUAGACCUUUUGCUACUUUCAGUGUUAGGGACAAACUUUAACUACAACUCAAUACUGCUGCUGUGCCUUGUGUGUUUUUCUGCAUGUUUCCUUCAACUUGACUAAACAGUUACUCCAUGGCAAAAAAAACCUAUUUGCAUAAAUUAACAAUGAAUUUAAUAUGAAAAUUUUAUAGUAUUUUUACAUUAAUAGUUAUAAUAAACGUUUUUACUUA